AUGAGUUCUAACGAUAGUCCUACACCCGAAAGAUCAUCAAGCAGAAAGUUGAAGAACUUGCACAUUGCCCAUAGGCGAUCGCCCUCCGAAUUGACCACGUUGAUGGUGGAGCAAUAUAACCUACAACGUCAAUUAGAACAGGUCCAGGCACAACAGAAGCAAAUCUUACAACAACAACAAAUGCAGCAACAGCAAUUUAAAUAUCCACCUCAACCCCAACAACAACAAUUUGAAGGUUCUUCUGGCUCCUAUGGAGGCCGUGGAUCACAUUCAAGAUCAGCUUCUGGCACUCAUAGACGUACGGGAUCAGGUGGAGGUCAGGGCCAGGGCCAAGGUCAUACAAGAAGGCAUUCACUAGUUUUAGAUGAAGCAAUUAAAGCAGCCGCUACUCAAAGACAAACCAACAGAACAUCUUUAAGUCCGCCCAACAAAACAUCAAAAUCAGCAUCUAAUGAAAAUUUAAGUUCGUUUAAGUUUCCACCAGAUGCAGGAGAGGCUGAGUUACCCACGCCAUCGACAUCUCAUACUCGAGCUCGAUCAUUAGCUUAUGGGCAACAACCAUUUAAAUUCCCUGCACAGUACCAACAACAGCAACAACAACAAUCUGAUAAUUUGCUACCACCCACACCUAGUUUUACUGUCACACAAUCACCGGAUAGAUCACACAACAGAAGAGGUUCCCAUUAUAGGACUCCUUCUAGAAAUGCAGAAGGAAUUAAUUCUAACUGGAGGGCUCAACAACAACCCAAUAAUCAGCACCAAAAGCAACCAUCAACUUUAGAUGCCCCGCCAGGUUUAUUUGUUCCCGGACAUAAGUCACGUGGCGGGUCGUAUGGUGGAGGAUCGUCAAUUUCAUCAUUAGCUCAAUUUUUACCUGGAUCAGGUCAAGGACAAGGCGGUUCUGGAAGUGGAGGAGCAAAUGCUCGUAAGUCCCUUUUUGCACCAUAUUUACCACAAUCAUCGUUGCCAGAUUUAAUUAAUGAAGGACGUUUGGUGACAGGGACUUUGAGAGUGAAUAAAAAGAAUAGGUCAGAUGCAUAUGUUUCCACGGAUGGCUUGUUGGAUGCAGAUAUAUUCAUUUGUGGAUCUAAGGAUCGUAAUCGUGCAUUGGAAGGUGAUUUAGUUGCUGUGGAAUUGUUGGUAGUGGAUGAAGUUUGGGAGUCUAAAAAGGAAAAGGAAGAGAAAAAGAGAAGAAAGGAUAAUACGUUGAACACUAGACCACUUAAUGAUGAUAUUCAUAAUGACGCAACCUCAGCUCCUAGUAAAAUUGAUAGCCAAGCUAGUGUCAACAGAAACGGAGAAGAUAGCAAUGAGGACACAGAGAGCAGUUCUGGUAUUGGAAGGAGAGGAUCAUUAAAACAAAGACCGACAAUGAAGAAAAAUGACGAUGUCGAAGUUGAAGGACAAUCGUUAUUGUUAGUUGAAGAGGAAGAAAUAAAUGAUGAGAUCAAACCUCUUUAUGCUGGUCAUGUUGUGGCCGUAGUAGAUCGUAUUCCUGGUCAAUUGUUUGCUGGGACUUUGGGAUUAUUGAGACCUGCCCAAGCUGCCCAAGCCGCUCGAGACAAGAAAAGUGGCAAAGAAUCAACUGUUCAGACACCCAAGGAACCCAAAAUUGUUUGGUUCAAGCCUACCGAUAAGAAAGUUCCAUUAAUUGCAAUUCCAACUGAGCAAGCGCCAAAAGAUUUUGUUGAGAAUCAUGAAAAAUAUGCUGACCAAUUAUUUGUUGCGUCGAUUAAAAGAUGGCCAAUCACGUCAUUACACCCCUUUGGUACACUUGUGAGUAAAUUGGGAACUAUAGAUGAACCCAACACUGAAAUUGAUUCCAUUUUGAGAGAUAAUAACUUUUUGUGUGAUGAGUAUCCUGAAGAUGACGAGUCAGCUAAUGUGGCGUUUUACGAUUUACCUUCAAUUGAACCAGAAUUUGAGACUGGCAAUAGAGCUGAAUAUUUGAAUGAUUACAUUAUUGCAUUUUCUCAAACCGGAGAUUUUGUUGACCAUGCCAUGCACGUUAAGAGGUUAUCAAGUUCGAAAAUUGAACUAGGAUUCCAUGUUGUGGAUAUCUCCUUUUUUGUCAAACCAGGGUCUAUUUUAGAUCGUAAAUCUAAGAAGAGGUCAUCAUCCGUAUUUCUUCCCCAGAAAUGUGCCCAUCUUUUUCCCAAGCAAGUUAAUAGCUUACUUUCAUUUAAAGAAAAUGAGCGUAAUUUGGCUCUUUCCGUCGUUUUUGAAAUUGACACAGCUAACUUCGAAGUUGAGGAUUUAUAUAUUCAUGAAUCAGUCAUUGUUCCAAAGCAACUAGUAUCAUAUGAUACAUUUGAUAUCAUUUUGGAAGGAAAGGAUAUAAAUACCAUAUCUUCUGCCACUUGCGAUUAUAUCAAGACUUUCAGUUUAAUUGCCAAAGAGUUCCGUCGUCAACGGUUAGAAGAUCACGAUUUAGGUAUUUCACCAAAUUUAACAUUAUUGGAUCAAUUGGACGACGAAAGAGUUCGCUUGGAUUUGAAUAUUUUUAAGGACAGUUUGUCAUUCGACGUUAUUACUGAAAUUUCUCAUAAGGUAAACACUGCGAUAGCUGCCAAAGUUCAUGCCGGUUUAGGUGACAAGGCUUUGUUGCGUCGUCAAGCUUUGCCAACUCUUCAAAAGAUGGAAACGUUCGUGAGAAAAGCUUCAACUUUAGGGUUUAAGAUUGAUACUGAGACUUCUGCAACUUUACAAAAGUCCAUUUUGAAAAUUGAAGAUCCUGUUAAAAGAAAAUGUGUUGAAACAUUAUUGUACAAAUGUAUGUCCAGAGGUAAAUAUUAUAUUUCUGGAAAGCAAGAUCCCGAAAGCUAUGGUCAUUAUUAUUUUAAUUUACCUUUAUAUACUCAUUUUACCGCUCCAUUGAGGCGUUAUGCAGAUUUGGUUGUACAUAGACAAUUGAAGCUUGCAUUGAGCAAAGAAGAAGAAGAGAGGGAUUUAGAAUCUUUAAAGGCAAUUGCUGACUAUUGUAAUUUCAAAAAGGACUGUGCUGCCAAUGCGCAAGAACAAGCUAUUCAUCUUUUAUUAUCUCAAACAAUCAACGAAAUUAGUGAAACUGCUGGUCAAUUAUUAUGCAUGGGUACAGUUGUUCAAGUCUACGAAUCAUCCUUUGAUGUGUUUAUUCCAGAGCUAGGAGUUGAAAAGAGAGUUCAUGGAGAUCAAUUGCCAUUGGUUAAAGCAGAAUUUGACAAGAAGGACAGAACAUUGGAAUUAUAUUGGGAAAAAGGAGUUGAUGCUGCCACUUAUAUUCCACCAGAUGAGCAAACUUCAUUGUCAUACAGAAGUUCCAUUAAGAACAAGCAUAGAACCUCCGCAUUGCAAGCUGCCCAAAUCCAGAAUAAAACACUCUUGGAGAAGUCAAAUGUAACUACUGAUUCAAUAGUUGAAAAGCUUUCCAAAUUGAAUUUAGAACCACCAAAAUUGUCAAUUCCUGUAUUGAAAGCAGACAAGAGCCAAUGCGAUUUAAAGGAUUCUACUAAAUCAAUGCCAUCUUCACCUACUAGAACGGAAUUUCCUAAGAAUGUGAGAACUAAUUCGUCUUCAGUCAUCUCGGGGGAUUCGAUAAAUGGGUUGGCUCCAUAUUUACAAGACUGUAUUACUAGAAUUGAAGGAUCUUCAUAUAUUCAAGUAAUCAAAGAAUUGAAUAUGGUUCCUGUUUUACUUAGAGCUGAAAUUGGUAUGGCUUUGCCAUGUUUGACUGUCCGUAUUUUGAAUCCUUUCGCAAACGACUAA